AAUUAUAAACUCGAUCAAAUGCGGCAAACUACAUUUCCCAUUUUCCCCUACUGGGCCAUGUCGUCUUCAGGUACACGUGGAAAAUAGGCUUUCUAUCUACGCACAGCCUCCAAAAUAGCAUUAAAUGUUCCAAACCGACACCAUUUAACAUGCCUACAUAACAAAAACAAAAACAAUCUAUCGGCAAGAAAGGGUGUUCCAGUACAGGUGCCUAAAUAGUCUUGAUUAGGUACAAUAUUUGUGAAUAAGACUCGAUAUUGACGUCAUUGUUGAAAAGAUUAAAAACAAAGCUGUCGACUCAGUCCAAAAGAUGGCUGUCGCCAGAAUGUUUAACAUUAUACUGUUUAUGUUAUUCACACGGUUAAAAGUAGACCAAUAUUGUCUGCGAAGGAAAGUGUUACGAUUUGGAGAGGACCCUGAAUGCAACGUGACCUUUCACACUACACACUCGUGAGUAUUUUGUCUUUACACACGCACACACGUUUCAUCGGCUGACUUGGCCGGAACUGUACCAGCCAGUUAGCAGCUAGCUGUUAGCAGAGCCAACAUGGAGGAGUUUUUGUCGAGUUGCCGCUCAGCAGUGAAGGCAAACACAGAUUCAUCGAGACAGCCAUUCCAUGUGGUUCUGGGAAACGAGGCAUGUGACCUGGACUCCAUGGUGUCAACCCUUGUGUAUGCCUACUUCCUGUUCAAGACACGUGGCAGCGAGGUCCCCAGCAUCCCGCUGCUCAACAUCCGCCAGGCGGACAUGGUUCUUCGUCCGGAUAAUAUCUUCCUGCUGCGUCAGAUUGGCUUGUCUCCGGACCUCCUUCUCUUUCGGGACCAGCUGGACUUGGGAGCUCUGCGGAGAGCUGGACGGCUUGUUCUCACCUUGGUGGACCACAACAUCCUUCCCAGUUUAGACAGCGACCUGGAGGGGGCAGUGGUGGAGGUGAUUGACCAUCACCUGCUGGAGCGCGAGCCCCACCCCUCCUGCCCUGUCACUGUGGAGAUGGUGGGCUCCUGUGCCACCUUGGUGACAGAAUGCCUCAUCCAGAAAGCUCCGGAGAUCCUAGACCAGCAGCUCGCUCAGCUUCUCUACGCAACAAUCCUAACGGACUGUGUCAACAUGGCGCCAGCAGCAGGCAAGGUGACCCCUAAAGACAGUCAGUACACAGCAGCCCUAGAGGCGCGGUUCCCCUCCAUGCCACCGCGGGGCGCUCUCUUCCAGGCUCUGCACAACGCAAAGUUUGACGUGUCAGGUCUGAGCACUGAACAAAUGUUGUUGAAGGACAUGAAAAGUCUCUCGGAAAGUUUGUAUAUCGCAGUGUCAGUCCUCUACCUCCCACUAGAGGUGUUCAUGCAGAGGGCGGAGCUGGAUUUGGAGCUCUCACAAUUCUGUCACAAGUUUGGGUUUGAGCUGCUCGUCUUGAUGAGCAUCUCCUUCACAGAGGGGAACGAGCCAAUCAGAGAGCUGGCACUGUUCAGCCACAGCGUCCCCUGCAGGGAACAGUUGAGCCAGUAUCUGGAGCAGGCUGGAAACCCUGCUCUCAACCUCUGUCCAAUCAGCAGCCCUCAUCCUCACAUCACAGCGUAUCACCAAGGAAACUCUUUGGCGUCCCGUAAGAAGCUGCUGCCCCUCAUUAAAGAUUUCCUGAGGGCGCGCGACGGCGAUGCUGAGGAAGACAGGGAGUCUCUGGUGCCCCCCACACCCAUGAACAGCCUGGUGGAUGGCUGCCCCCUGGACGCCGGCCUGCCCGCCAUCAGCGAGCAUGCUCUGGAGGAGAAGUUCAGCAGGAUGACUGACAGAAGAGGUCCUUGACCUGACAAUCAUUUGAAAAACAUUUUAAUUUUUUUCUUCUGUUGGACUUAAACUUGACAUUUACAACUCUAUUAAUAAUUACAUCUGAUAAUAUUUUGACUUUUUAAAAUGAAUAAACACUAUAGUAAUACACACACA